GGGGUAGGGGCCGCGGCCGCGGUCGCGCGGGAGCCUGGGGAAGAGUUCGCCUCCGCCGUGGGGAGCGGGGCUGCCGCCGCCAGCAAAGCUGGGAGGGCCGCUGGAGGCCGCCGGGGCCGAGCUGGUCUUGGGGUGCGUCGGCAUCCUCCCGAGCUGGCGCGUCCGCGGUGCAGCCGGGGGGAGCCUGGCGCCGCAGGUGCCCGAAGAUCCGAAGCAGCCACCACCGGGAGAGCUGGAGCGCGGAGGCUGCAAGGCGGCAUUGAUGCGGCAGCAGGUCGGAUCACCUCGGCUCCAUGGUGAGGAGAAAGAAGAGCCCCCCUGGGCCUGAGGAACAGCAGAAUGGGAUGACAGUGAAACUGGGAGAGAGCAGCGGGGAGGAAGGGGUGAAAAAGCUGGGCAAGAGAGCAGGAGGAGAUGAGGAGUCCCUGGAAGAAGAAGGGGCAGGAGGAGGAGGAGAGGCAGCUCCAGGCAGCAGCAGCACAAAGAAAGAAGAGAAGAUUAUUAACAACAACACUAACAACAACCCCCCAUCGAACCCCAAUUUAUCACAGGCCCCUUCCUCCCUCCAGCCGUCCCACAGCCAGGACCAGCAUCAUUUUCUCAGGUCCAGUGUCAGACCUCAGAGCAAGAGGUUAAAGAAGGAUUCUCAGGCAUCCUCUUCAGUUGGCAACAGCAGCAGCACUACUGCAAAAGGCAAAGCAGCAGAUAAUGGAGGGACUACAUCUGGAAGCACACAAGGAAUUUCUUCCAGUACUCCUGCAGCAAAUUCCAAGUCAGCGGCAAGAAACCUGGGCUCUUCGACUGGAGAGAAGGAGGAAGGGAAGAAGGUUAGACGGCAGUGGGAAUCUUGGAGCACAGAAGACAAAAAUACUUUCUUUGAGGGGCUGUAUGAGCAUGGGAAAGACUUUGAGGCUAUCCAGAACAACAUUGCCCUGAAGUACAAAAAGAAAGGCAAACCAGCAAGCAUGGUGAAGAACAAAGAACAAGUUCGCCAUUUCUACUACCGCACCUGGCACAAGAUCUCGAAGUACAUUGACUUUGAUAAUGUGUUUUCACAAGGGCUGAAAAAAUCCUCCCUGGAGCUUUAUGGCUUAAUCUGCUAUGGGGAACUGAGGAAAAAGAUUGGGGGAUGUAUGGAUGACAAGAAUGCCGCUAAACUCAACGAGCUCAUUCAGGCUGGGGCCACGACUGUUCGCUACAAAGGGAGAAACCUUCGUAUCAAAGCUCCAAUGUGCAGGGCUUUGAAGAAACUCUGUGAUCCAGAUGGCAUUAGUGAUGAAGAGGACCAGAAACCAGUGCGUCUUCCUCUCAAGGUCCCUGUGGAGUUGCAGCCACGAAAUAAUCAUGCAUGGGCUCGAGUACAGAGUCUUGCCCAGAAUCCACGGCUUAGGAUGAUAGUGGAGUUGCACCGGAAGGUCUCCAGCCUCAUUGAGUUCCUGAAGCAGAAGUGGGCUCUCCACGAAGUGCGCAUCCGUAAAACACUAGAGGAACGGCAGCUUCAAGACACCAGAGACUCGGAAACAAGAGGCAGCUUCUCAGAGGAGAAAGUGAUGCUCCAUCUUUUUCCAGGAGAGAAUUGUACACUCACGCCCCUGCCUGGGGUAGCCAGAGUGGUCCACUCCAAGGCUUUCUGCACAGUACAUUGGCAGGAAACUGGCAAGUGCAAACAGAACACAAAAGACUCUCACUUACUACCCCCCGCACAAAUCCUAGGCAUACAGAGUGGUCAGGGGACAGCUAGGGGACAACUAAAAUAUGCACGGGGAACAGAAGGUGGUAAGAGUGUUGGAAGGGCAGAGAGCGCUACAGAAUCAAGCAGAGCCUCUCAGCCCACAGCUGAAGCUUCUGCAAGCACUGAAGACGGUUCCUCAGAGACUGGUCUGGUGGAAGGAACAGCCUCAAAUCUUGGCAUCGCUAAUUCUCUCAACAAGCCACCUUCUGGACUUCAAGAUCCAGGAGGGAACAAUGACAAGCCAAGCUCAGUGACCUGUGUGGAGGGCAGGGAGGUCCUGGCCAGUGACCAAGCAACUGUACUGCCAUCAUGCAGCACAGCUUGUGCUUGCAGGAAGAUCCCUGAUGUGGAGGAGCUUUCUCUGCUGGAUCCGUUCCCGCGGUACAUGAAGUCCUGUCAGGACCUGAUCGUUCCAGAGAAAUGUUUUUGCACAGACAAACUGCAUGGAAAAGACUGUACUGCAGCAGCUGGUAGUACUUCUCCUGUGGCUUUUCCAAGUGGGAACACGGAGAUGUCUGAUGCCUAUUCAGCACAGCUGCCAAGAGGCAGUGUGGCUUCACCCAGCAGUGGCCCGUCCAGAUAUGAAGCUCAGGCUAGCCAUGGUCCCAGCCUACAGCUUGAUACUUGUACCAAGGAGAUAACAGAUGCAGUAAUGGAGGAUUCUCAAGAGAAGCUGAGCUCCUCAUUUCCACCUCCACCUCAGGGACAAUCUAGUUCAAAGUCUCUCAAGGAUGAUCCGAGCAGGCUCUCUCAACAGGUUAGAGAAGAAGGAUGGAGUCUACGGACUUCUGAGAGCCUUACGCUGGCAGAAGUCUACCUCAUGAUGGGCAAGCCGAACAAGCUGCAGCUGGAAUAUGACUGGCUGGCUGUCCUGGAGCCAGAAACCCAGGAUGCUAGGGAACAAACAUCUGAACCAAGUGCUGUUCCUACAUGUACCACCUUUCACAAGCAGAGACUCCUAAACUGCCUUUUAAAACUCAUCUCUACUGAAGUCAAUCCCAAACCAACCCCUGAGAUGAGCUCUGUUGCCACGUCACCUAUAAAGCCUGCUCAAGAGGAGCAGGCACUGACUCCUCCAGGAAAGGUGAUUGCCAUCAGCACCAGGAGUCCAGGUUGUGCACGAAACCAGUCUGCCCUUCGCAACAACAAGACUUUUUCUCCCAGUGCCGCUUCCAGCUCCUCAGGUUUGAGAAACCUCCCUAGACCUCUCUUGGUGGCUGGUCCUUCAAGUUCUGGAAGUGUUGAUGCAGAUGGUGGACUCUUUGCAGUUCCUACAACUCUACCACCCAACAGCCGCCACGGGAAACUGUUCUUGCCUAGUAAAGAAGCAGAAUUGACCUUCCGGCAGCACUUGGACACAAUCAGUAUGCAGUCAGACUUCUUCUUGCCAAAGCCAAGGAAAUUACGGAACAGACACUUGCGGAAGCCAUUGGUAGUACAGAGAACGCUGCUCCCUAGGCCAUCUGGAAAUCCGUCCCAGCAUGUCUGUUCCUUUUCUAUCUUAUCCAACUCAUCCAUAACAGGGAGAGGUUCGUUUCGGCCAAUCCAGUCCUCACUGAAUAAAGCCGCUGUUUCUCGUCCCAUCGUGCCGAAGGUUCUUCCAACACAGGCUACCAACCAUCUGUCUAGUGCUAUUGAUUUGGCAGCUAAAAGUGCCGGUAUUAUCCCUGGUAGCCCUUUGCCUGUUCUGGAUGCAGAUGGUUUGUCAGGUGUAUCUCCACUGUCACCAGACGGGGUGACCGCAGUGGUAACAGGGCAGGAGUCAACCGUAGCACAUCAGAAUGGAGGGUCCCUCACCACUGUGGAGGGCUCAGGCACUGGGUGUCGGGUUCCAUUCAUCAGCCUGCCAACACGGCAUGAGCAGCAGGAGGCAGUUCCUGAUGGCUUCCAGGGCACAUCAGUCCUUUCUCUGUCAGAACUAACCAAGACUCCUCUCCAGAAUGGUCUUUCCACCCCUCCACUUCCCUCAUCAGAGGCUUCCAGUACCCGUCUCUCUCCUCCCAAUGUCUCUGCUCUCUUGGAUAUUUCUCUGCCCGGACCACCUGAAGAUGUGCUCUCUCAAGGAGAACCUGCCACUCAGAUCAGUGAUUCUAUCAUUGAAAUAGCUAUCAGCUCUGGUCAAUACAGUGAAGGUGUUUCUCUCUCUCCUGCAAAGCUGAAUGGCAGUGACAGCUCCAAAAGUCUUCCAUCCCCAUCCAGUAGUCCUCAGCAGAACUGGAUUGCCUCUCCCAGCCAUGAUCCCCAGUGGUACCCCAAUGACUCCACAGACUCGUCUCUCAGUAGCUUGUUUUCAAGUUUCAUCUCCCCUGAGAAGGGCCGAAAAAUGUUGCCAACUCCUGUUGGAACUGCCAGUGGCACCUCCUUACUAGGACCUAGCCUUCUGGAUGGAAACUCACGCGACUCUUUUGUAUCACGGUCUCUGGCAGAUGUAGCAGAGGUGGUGGAUUCCCAGCUGGCUUGCAUGAUGAAUGAGAAUAGCAUAGAUUACAUAUCUCGUUUUAAUGACCUUGCCCAGGAGCUAUCCAUACCUGAGCCCACCCGGAGGGAAAUUCUGUUUGAUGGAGGUGGUGGUGGUCCCCCUAUUGGAGAUCUCUCACAGUGAGCACACGAGACCCAACAGGCUAGUGGAGACUGUUCAGCUACGGUGGAACUUGCAACGCUGGAUCACAGCAGGGGCAGGUUGUGGAGAAACAGCUGAGGCUCAGUUGUACCAUCUUUCUAAAAGAGCAGCAUUGUCUUCAAAGAUCUGAAGAAGUACUUGCAAGUCCUGGAAUGUGCAAUAUGCUCGGAACAACAAAACGUGGAAUAGUAUUGUAGGAAAUGAUGUGUCCCCUGCAUCAGUGAUAUAAGAUGGCAGGUUUAUGUCCUGGACUUGUACUGGGGAAUGGCCUGGGAAGAAGAAGCUCAAGCAGAAAGGGUAUUGCCAGAAGCUCCCCUACAUGAAUUAUUUUUUGUGUAGUAAUCAAAAUGCUCUGAUUUGGGAUUCAUAUUG